CCGCGGGACCGGAACCGUUACGCAGCGUCCCCGGGGCCGUUUCCCGGUCCCGGUGCCCGUCACAGCCGCGCUCUCCCGUCCCUCCGCCGCCGCCGCCGCGAUGCUGCUGCUCCGGGCCGUGGCCGGCCGCAGGCUCCCGCCGCUGACGCAGCUGCCCCGGGGCUGCUCCCGGUUGGCCGCCGGUAGCGCGACACCGGAGGGACAACCGGGAGCGACACCGGGGGGACAACCGGGAGCGACACCGGAGGGACAACCGGGAGCGACACCGGGGGGACAACCGGGAGCGACACCGGGGGGACAACCGGGAACGACACCGGGGGGACACCGGGGAGCGGCACCGGGGGGACACCGGGGAGCGGCCCCGGUGCUGGCGGCGCUGCUCGGGAUCGGGGCCGUCCUGGCCUACGGAGAGCGGCAGCGGAGGAGCGCCCAGGCCGCGCAGGCCCCCCCGUCCCCGCCGUACCCCCGUUACACCCGGGCCGAGGUGGCUCAGCACCGCACCCCCCGCGACCGCGUGUGGGUCACCUACGGCACCGACGUGUUCGAUGUCACCGAAUUCGUGGAGCUGCACCCGGGGGGACCGGACAAAAUCCUCCUGGCGGCCGGAGGAGCCCUGGAGCCUUUCUGGGCUCUCUACGCCGUCCACAGCCAGCCCCACGUGCUGGAGCUGCUCCGUGACUACAAAGUGGGCGAGCUGAGCCCCGAGGACGCGGCGGUGACACCGGGGGACACCGCGGACCCGUUCGCCGGGGACCCCCCUCGCCACCCGGCGCUGCGGGUGAACAGCUCGAAACCUUUCAACGCCGAACCUCCCCCGGAGCUGCUGACCCAGAGUUUCCUGACCCCCAACGAGCUUUUCUUCACCCGUAACCACCUCCCGGUGCCCUCGGUGGAGCCGGGCUCCUACCGGCUGCGCGUGGAGGUUCCCGGUGGCCGAGCGCUGUCGCUGUCGCUGGCCGAGCUCCGCCGCCGCUUCCCCAAGCACGAGGUGACGGCCACGCUGCAAUGCGCCGGUAACCGGAGAUCCGAGAUGAGCCGGGAGCGCCCGGUCAAGGGGCUGGACUGGGGCAUCGGGGCCAUCAGCACCGCACGAUGGGGAGGAGCGAGGCUCCGGGACGUGCUGCUGGCCGCCGGUUUCGGCGAGAAAAGCGGAGCCACCGAGGACUGGCACGUGUGUUUCGAAGGGUUGGAUACGGACGCCACCGGGACUCCCUACGGAGCGUCCAUCCCGUUAAAACGGGCGCUGAGCGGCGAGGCCGAGGUGCUGCUGGCGUACGAGAUGAACGGGCAGGAGCUGCCGCGGGAUCACGGGUUCCCGGUGCGGGCGCUGGUGCCCGGUGUGGUCGGGGCCAGGAGCGUGAAGUGGCUGCGGAGCGUGGUGGUGUCACCCUCGGAGAGCCCGAGCCACUGGCAGCAGAACGAUUACAAAGGGUUUUGUCCCUCCGUGGAUUGGGAUUCCGUGGAUUUCCGCAGCGCUCCGGCCAUCCAGGAGCUGCCGGUGCAGUCGGCGAUCACCGAACCCCGGCCCGGGGCCGCCGUGCCCGCCGGGGAACUGACGGUGAAGGGAUACGCGUGGAGCGGAGGAGGAAGGGAGGUGAUCAGGGUGGAUGUGUCGCUGGACGGGGGCCGCACGUGGCGCGAGGCCGCUCUGGGGCCGCGGCCGGAGCGGGGCCGGGGCUGGGCCUGGGCGCUCUGGGAGCUGCGAGCGGCGGCGCCCGCGGGGACCCGGCUGGAAAUCGUCUGCAAGGCCGUGGACAGCAGCUACAACGUCCAGCCCGACAGCGUGGGGGGAAUCUGGAACCUUCGAGGGGUGCUCAGUAAUGCAUGGCACAGGGUGGGGGUCACUGUGACACCCUGAGUGACACCAGGGGUCUGU